UCAAUAGAAACAUGGAGAAAUAGAAAGGCGUUGUUUAUUGUCCAAUUCAGCUAUAUAAACCCUUCCCUGCUCUCGAACCCCUUCAUGCCAAACCAAACCAGACCAUUACAGAUUGGGUGCAGCCUAAAUAUCUCUAGAAGCUUGAGCCCUGCUGUAUAUGUUUAGCGAGCUUUGUUCAGUCAUCCUCCUCUCUUGGUUUAGUUGUGUCUUGAAAGUUUUCGAGCAAUAACGAUGAAGAAGAAAGCAGGUGGGUUCUUGAAGAGGGUAAUGUCCGUGUUGGCAUCCAUGGCCAAGGCUAAAACUCUGGCUCUGAAGAGCAAGACCAAUGCCUUGAGGACGCGGUUGAUAAUAUUCUCUCUACUCGGAAACAAGAAGAUUAUGAUGAGCUCCAUUACUGAGAAGCUCCAUUCUCUGAUGGGGCAGCAUGAAAAAGAUCAAGAAGAAGCAUUGGAAUUGGAAUGCUUAGAUCAAAACAAGGCCUUAGUGUUCCAUAACCACCUCGACUCUAUGUCGCCCCUCCUCAAUCCUACUCACACCGAGUUGAUGGAGAAUAUUGUUGCAGAGGAUGGCCAAGAUAACAUUAUUGGCUAUGUCUAUGAAGAAGCUGGCGAUGGCGAGGAGAAGUAUCCAGACCUUACCCACUCGCUUUUUGACUCUGAAGGUGUAGAGUUUGAAGAUUCAGGAGUGUCGGUGAUAGAUAUGGUAAAGAAUUCAAAGCAAGAAGGGGAGACGUUCAGCUUGGAAGACGAGAUAGACCAGGUGGCAGAUUUGUUCAUCAAGAGAUUCCAUCACCAGAUGAGGCUGCAGAAGCAACUAUCCAUGAAGAGGUAUCAGGAGAUGCUUCAAGGGGCUACUGCUUAAUUAAAACUUUAAAGCCUUACAGCGAAGGUCAAGAACCAUAAAUGGUGAAAAUACUCGUAAAACUACAGCCUGUGUUUUUAUGGCUCCAACAUCCCAAGUGCUGGAAUGGGAAUGGAUAAUAAUUUUUUUUUUUUUUUUGUAGAUCUUGUAGUGUCUACUUGAAGCUUUAUAGCUCAAUAAUAAAACCAGAAAAUCCAGAUUCAUCAGAGCA